AUGAAACCCCAGAAGUACUACACUGUGGGGGUCAGCAACAAGUUUGCUGCCUUUGGGGCGGACAGCGACGCUUCCUCAGACGAAGGAGAAAUCAUUCUUGCUGCUCCUCCUACUCCCACAGAGCAGCAGCAACAGCAGGGGACCGUUGCUGCUCCGAAGAAAAAACCACAGCAGCAACAGCAGCAGCAGCAGCAGCAGCAGCAGAACACCUCCCCACAGCGUGAGAGACAAGGCAGGCCUUUCCGAGGCAGAGGCGGCUUCGGGGGUGAAUACCGCGGCUCGGGCUUCAGAGGCUACCGCCAGCGGUCUCAGCCAGAUGGAAACGAUGAGCUGGUGACGCCCCAGGAGGGAGAGGGGCCCAUUCAGCGUCGUCGUGGGGGUGGAGGGUUCAGAGGGAGAGGCAGGGGGGGGCCCCCGGGGGGCCCCGGGGCCCCCGGCGGGGGCCCCCCGAUGCAGCGGCGGGAGUAUGACCGCCACAGCGGCACGGGGAGAGGGAGGGAAGUAAAGAAACAAGGAGCAGGCAAUCAUAACUGGGGUCAGGAGGAAGCAGAGAACCAGCCCGUUAAGCCCGAGACAUUACUAGAAGAAGAUGCAGCUGCGAAGGAAACAGAACCCGAGGUUGCUGCUGCAGAGACACCAGAAGAGCGUGCAGGAGAAGAAGGGGGAGAGGAGCAGAGCCCAGCAGCUCCUGAGGAGGAGGCAAUGGACUUAGAUACAUAUAAAAGACUACAGGAAGAGAAGAGAGCAAAUUUACCUUUAUUUGUUUCUUCUGGUGCAACACCAAAGAAAAUAAAUACAGAUAAAGAACUAGAAGCACAAGGAUAUGUACGUGUGGUGAGAGAGGAGGAAGAAGGUAGCCGCAGCAACGAAGAAGGCCACGAAAACAGAGAAGAUAAACCAAAGAAAAAAUCUGUUAAUCUUUAUGAAUAUGUACAUAUAGAAGGGGGCCGUAUUCCUUCAUUCGGCAGAAGAGGAGGAGGGGGCAGAGGGGGACAGAGAGAUGAUAGAGUAAAGAGAGGGGUAGCAGCAGCAGCACGAAACCCUAGACAUAACAGAGAAGCAGCAGCAGCACCAGAUCUAGGAGAUACCCAGGCAUUCCCUACCCUAGGAACAGACAUAACAGAGAAGCAGCAGCAGCACCAGAUCUAG